UAUUAUUAUUAUUGUUAUUAUUAUUUAAAUAAUUCAACAAAGGCACCCAAAAACAGAGUUGAAUUUAAUAUAUAGGGACUCUGUUUCUGCCACUCCCAUUUAUCUAUCUCUCUUUCUGUGCUUAUAGAAAACUUUACGUUACAAACAACGAUCUUACACCAAGUAUAGCUAAACAUCCAAAUCUCAUUUCCUUCAAUUUCAAAUCCCACUUUCAUUUCUCCAUUACUCUUAUUUCUCUCUCUAACCCACUUUCUCUCUCCUCUCCUCCAAAAAAGAUGUUGUGAAUCUGAUGAAUUUGAGUUUAAGCUGUUUUUGCAGUGAAUGGGUUGCAUGCUCUCUCAUUUGGCUUCCAAAUUCGCCUUCUUUCCGCCGUCGCCGUCGACUUAUCAGAUCAGAAAGCGAGACGGCGACGGUCGGCUUACGGUGGUUUCGACGGCGGCGGGAGCGGUGGGGUCGGCGGUGGAGGACAGUUUGUUGGAUGUUUUGAUGAUUGAUACGAAACGUGGGAAUAAGAUAGUGGGAUUUUAUUUGAGGAAUCCUUGUGCGAGACUUACUCUGCUUUAUUCCCAUGGCAAUGCUGCAGACCUUGGCCAACUCUAUGACCUUUUUCUUCAGCUUAAACGUAAUCUCAGAGUUAAUCUUAUGGGUUUUCUUCUCAAUGGAGCUCUGUUUUUUGUUGAAGUUUUAUUACUUUGAGGAGUUGAGCUUUUCCCCCACUCUUUCAUGGG